UCAUCUCUAAUAAACAGUGACAUCAUCUUUGUGAAACUGCAUGCCCCUUGGGAGGUCCUGGGCAAAUAUGCUGAACUAAUGAAUGUAAGAAUGCCUUUCAGGAGAAAAAUCUAUUACCUGCACCGCCGAUUCAAGUUCAUGAAUAGGAUCGAGAAACAAAUAAGCAGGUUCCAAGGAUGGUUACCCAAAAAGCCAAUGAAACUGGACAAGGAGACACUUCCAGAUCUGGAGGAGAAUGACUGCUAUACUGCUCCAUUCAGCCAACAAAGGAUCCAUCAUUUCAUCAUCCACAACAAAGAUACUUUCUUCAAUAAUGCUACAAGAAGUAGAAUUGUACACCAUAUCUUACAAAGAGUGAAAUAUGAAGAAGGGAAAAACAAAAUUGGUUUGAAUCGAUUGCUCAGUAACGGAUCCUAUGAAGCUGCAUUUCCUCUUCAUGAGGGAGGUUACAGAAGCAAGAAUUCAAUAAAAACCCAUGGGGCAGAAAACCACAGACACCUGCUCUAUGAGUGCUGGGCUUCCUGGGGAGUGUGGUAUAAAUACCAACCACUGGAUCUUGUCAGACGGUACUUUGGUGAGAAAAUUGGGCUGUACUUUGCCUGGUUAGGCUGGUACACAGGGAUGCUCUUCCCAGCUGCCUUCAUUGGAUUGUUUGUCUUUUUGUAUGGAGUCACCACUUUGAACCACUGCCAAGUCAGUAAAGAAGUCUGCCAAGCUACAGAUAUCAUAAUGUGUCCUAUAUGUGAUAAAUACUGCCCCUUCAUGAGGUUAUCAGACAGCUGCAUUUAUGCCAAGGUAACCCACCUUUUUGACAAUGGAGCUACUGUCUUUUUUGCUGUUUUCAUGGCAGUGUGGGCUACUGUUUUCCUGGAGUUUUGGAAAAGAAGGCGAGCAGUAAUUGCUUAUGACUGGGACUUGAUAGACUGGGAAGAAGAAGAGGAGGAAAUACGUCCACAGUUUGAAGCCAAAUACUCCAAGAAAGAACGAAUGAACCCCAUAUCUGGGAAGCCAGAGCCUUAUCAAGCAUUUGCAGAUAAAUGCAGCAGACUCAUCGUUUCUGCAUCUGGAAUAUUUUUUAUGAUCUGUGUGGUAAUUGCUGCUGUUUUUGGCAUUGUUAUUUACCGUGUUGUGACUGUCAGCACUUUUGCUGCCUUUAAGUGGGCUUUAAUCAGGAAUAACUCUCAGGUUGCAACUACAGGGACUGCAGUGUGCAUCAACUUUUGCAUCAUCAUGCUACUGAAUGUGCUGUAUGAAAAGGUUGCACUUUUCCUGACAAAUUUAGAGCAGCCUCGUACCGAAUCUGAGUGGGAAAACAGCUUCACUCUGAAAAUGUUUCUUUUUCAGUUUGUCAAUCUGAACAGCUCUACCUUUUAUAUAGCAUUCUUCCUUGGAAGAUUUACAGGACACCCUGGUGCCUACUUAAGGCUGAUAAACCGGUGGAGACUGGAAGAG